GUAAGAAAGCUUCUCCCAGCACCCUGUGUUUGUUACAUACUAAAGCUGGAUUUGUUUAAAACGCAGCGCAUUAAUUAUACUUUAAGUCUACACUAAUGGAUGAAAAGGAAGAUUCUGAUCAAGGCACCCCAGAAACAGAAAACGGUGCUGCUUCAUGUCUUGGCGCUACUGGAGGCACAGGCUCACAAGUGGACUCUCAGCUGGCAGAGGCCACACGCUUUAAAACAGAGGGCAACUCAUUUUAUAAGGAGAAGAAUGUGCGUGCUGCCAUUGGACGUUAUCACCGUGCCCUGCUCGUGCUUCGUAGCCUGGACUCUAAUGUAAUGUCAAAUAUUAAAGGGUUUGGACCCACAGCAACCGUCCUCACUGCAGAGCAAGAUGAACAAGUCAAGAACAUGCAGAUUGACUGCUAUAACAACUUAGCAGCAUGCCUACUACAGCGUGAGGUCGUGGACUACACCCGUGUGCAGGAGUACAGUUUGAAGGUGCUGCAGUGGAGACCUGCAGAUGUUAAAGCCCUGUACAGAGCUGGAGUGGCCACACUGGAGCUGGGUGAUGCUGAGGCUGCUCGUCGAUACCUCCUGCAGGCCAGCAGAGGGAAACCUAAUGAUGCUAACGUGAAGAAACAGCUGCAGCGGGUGGAGGAACGGCUCAGCAAAGACUUUCAAAAGGAGAAAGCUCUCUACAAAGGCAUGUUCAGUAAACAAAAGCAGGAAGGAGAAGAAGCCAUGGGCUAAAACCUAAAUCAUGUAAGAAUAGCUUUAAAGAUCUGAACCAGCUGAAGGGUUCAAUGCUUACCAAAACAAUAUUAAGAUAUCUUGCAGCAAACAUGAAAAUUAAGCCCAAAUAAGAAUGUAUUGGCACUUUUGUCAGGACUGUUGACUUGCAAGUUUGAAAAUUAAAGCCCUUAUUAAUCCACUGACAGUGGCUUCAUCAAACAUCAGUUGGAAACUGAUCCUGUGGUAUUUGAAAUCUUUUGUCAUGUUUUUCAGCAUUCUUGUAUAAUAAAUAUUUCUGAAGUCAUAUGAAUGAUUCUUAUAUUUCUGGAACUCUAGAGACCCAGUCGUAAAAUUAGGAAAAUAAGAAUAAAAUUUGCCAAAAAAAGCAACACGCUAACUCUUAAUAGUGUACCAGCUUACAGUCAAUACAAUAUCAUUUAACCUAACUACAUUAAAAUGUGUGAGAUGUUUCAAAAUCAAUUAGGAGGUUAAAUAAAAUGGAUUAGAAUGUGUCUGCAUAUCAUUUUUGGCCAUGUUUUAGCUUGACCACC